CACUCAACUGCGACCUGUGCUAAUACUUUUCACCCUGAAGUCUGCAGAGUGCGGACUCGUGCCCAAAGCCAAUCAAAUUGUGCCGUGACAGGUUGCACGCCUCGGCAACCUACCACUGAACAAAUUGAUUGACGAUGGGCAAAGCCAUGCACAAGCAGCUUGCUUGGAGCACGGACAUGGGCCUAGCCUUGCUUUGCGAGGUUGUGCGCGUCGAGCUCUACGACGGCGAGUACGGCACACUCAUUGCAAGAUGGAAAGUCAUCGCAGCCAGCCUGGCCACACUUUUCGAAUGCGAGAUCCCGUACCGGUCUGCACGAGACCAUUACGAGUCGAUGGUGGAGGCGUUCAAGUCGACUGACAUGGCGCAAUGAUUGUGGGGCACCUGCAGCGAAGAGGAUGUCAACGAACAAGUUCAACUAUUGCAGGACCUUGUGGACCGGCGAGCGGCGGCCGAAGAAUUGAAGAAGUCGAAGAAAGACAAGGAGCAAAGACGGCGCGACUCUCUGGAGUCCACAGGGUCCCAACUGUGCCUUGAAGCAGAGCAGCAGGUAGUCAAGCGUCAACGGUCUGUGAGUUCAGUGGCCACCAAAAGAGAAGAACAAGAUGCGGUGACACAGGAACUUCUCGAAUUUGAGAAGAAAAAGCAUUCUGACGAUCGUUUGUAUAGUAGAGUUUGAAAGAGAGGAACAAAAGCUCCAUUUGGCACAAGUGGCUGAGAACACUAAGCGAAACGAGCAACUUGAGCGUCUCUUGUUAGAGAUGGGAAAGUUAAUACAGGUCUCGAGAAGGGAUCCGCAGAGAAUUUGCCAGUGUUCGCAGUGUUGCUUUCGUAAAACGAAACUUCUC